AUGCUCCUCCGACACCCCCUAGCCAGGCCUCUCUACUCUUCAGCUGCUGUGGCGAGGGCGUUGUCUGUGGGGAGGAGAUUCGCUCAACUGCCGGAAUUGCAGUCGGCCCACGCCCCUCGUCGCCUCCUAAUCGACUAUUUGGCUAUCCUCCGAUCAUGCGCAGACGCCGACCGCUUGCGAGCGGCCCACUCGCUUCUCACCGUCCAGGGCGUCCUCCCAAACGCAACCGCCGCUGCCCAGCUCGUCACGAGCUACGCGUCCCUCGGGUUGCUCGCUUCGGCCAGGUCCGUCCUCAGCUCGGCGGCUUAUGCGGGCGUUUCGACAUGGAACUCUAUGAUCAGAGCGUACAGCAGAGCGGGUUGGCCCGGUUGUGCCCUCCGUUGCUUCUGGGACAUGCUUAGCCGGGGAGUCGAGCCCGACAAGUACACCUUUCCGUUGGUGCUCCGGGCAUGCACCGCGGCCGGCGACGUGGCGGUGGGUGCAUCGGUCCACCGUGAGGCUUCCCGGAGGGGCCUUGACAUCGACAUCUACGUACGCACCGCCCUUGUCGACAUGUAUGCCAAAUUGGGGAUGCUCCGGACUGCAUGGGAGCUGUUCGACACAAUGCCUGAGACGGAUGUGGUCUCUUGGAACGCCAUGAUAUUCGGGUUCACCAACUGCGACGAGCCUCGGGCGAGCUUGACGCUUUUUAUUAGGAUGGCAUCUGCUGGUCUGGGGCCGAAUUCGAUCACUGUCCUGAGCCUGUUCCCGGCAAUUUGCAAGCUAUCAGAUAUCUUGCUGUGCAGGGCCGUGCACGGUUUUGUGGUCCGGAGAGAUUGGUUGCCAAGUGUGAAUAACGGGUUGAUCGACACCUACUGCAAGUGCGGAGGAGUUGGGGCCGCUCGCCGGAUCUUCGACGAAAUGCCGGGAAGUAGAGACGCCGUCACGUGGGGGUCGAUGAUCUCCGGGUACGUCAGCAACGGCCUCUUCACGCAGGCGCUGGAGCUGUUCGACAGAUUGAGAGAGGACAACGCCGGGCUGAACCAGGUAUCCGUGGUGGGCGCGUUGAUGGCCGCGACGGAGAUGAGAGAUCUGGAAAGGGGCAAGGAGAUCCAUGCCUAUGCCGGGCAGGCGGGGAUCGAUUCGGCUGUCUCGGUGGGCACGGCGCUCGUGACCAUGUAUGCGAAAUGUGGCGACUUUCAAGGGGCAAGAGGCCUUUUCGACGGCAUUGAGGACAAAGACGUCGUCGCAUGGUCCGCAGUGAUCUCCGCCUCCGCCCAGACGGGGCAUCCCAGAGACGGGUUGUCCCUCUUCGCCGAGAUGCAAAGGAGGGGCCUGAGGCCGAACCGGGUGACGGUAAUCAGCGUGCUUCCAGCCUGCGCACAAGUACAGGACAAGAAGCUGGGAAAGAGCGUGCACGGAUUCGUCCUGAGGUCCGGCGUCGGCUCGGAUGUCUCGAUCGUUACAGCCCUUGUGGCGAUCUAUGCGAAAUAUGGGCUCUUUCGUUGGGCGCAUUCCCUGUUCGACGCCUCGCCCUGCAAGGACGUCGUCGCAUGGAAUGCACUGGUCAAUGGGUACGCGCAGAGAGGAGACGCCACCAACGCCAUGAAGACGUUCCGUCGAAUGGGGGCGACGGGGCUGCGUCCGGAUGCAGGGACCAUGGUGGGCGUCUUGCCUGCUUGCUCCCUCUUGAACGACCUCCCCCGCGGCACGUCUGCUCACGGGCUGAUCGUCAAGAGCGGCCUCGGGUCCGACCUUCAUGUGAAGAACGCGCUCGUGGAUAUGUACGCCAAGUGCGGUGACUUCACCGCCGCCGAGAAUUUGUUCCGUGUGGCGGCAGGUUCCGGAGACGACAUCUUGUGGAACACGAUGAUCGCCGGCUACGCGCAGAACGGGCGUUCCAAAGAAGCCGUGUCGGCCUUCCACCAGAUGCGGGGGGAGAACCUCAAGCCGAAUCUGGUCACCUACGUCUGCAUCCUCCCCGCUGUCGCGUACCUUGCUCUCCUUUGGGAGGGCCUGACUCUGCACUGCGGCGUGAUCAAGGUCGGGUUCGAGUCGCAUGUGGUCAUCGGGAACAGCCUGAUCGACAUGUACUCGAAGUGCGGACGGGUGGAUCUCGCCAGGGAGUUCUUUGACCGAAUGGAGAGCAAGGACGUCGUCUCUUGGAACGUCAUGAUCUCUGGUCUCGCGGCGCACGGCCUAGGUGAAGACGCCGUUGAGCUGUUCUCCAGAAUGCCCGAGAACCGCGUCUUGCCCGACUCAGUAUCGUUCCUUGCUGUCCUGUCCGCCUGCCGGCACGGGGGUCUGGUUGGGGAAGGGAGGAGGAUCUUCGACUCCAUGGGCUCUGACCGCAGCGCCGGGCCAAACCUGGAGCACUACGCGUGCAUGGUCGACCUGCUCGGGCGCUCCUGUCUACUGGACGAGGCGUGGGAUCUGAUCCGGAGGAUGCCGAUGCCGCCCGACGCGGGCGUCUGGGGAGCUCUGCUGGGCGCUUGCAGGAUGCACUCCAACGCCAGGAUGGGGGAGGUCGCUUUGAAGAACCUGGUGAGAUUGGAGCCUCAGAACGCCGCUCACUAUGUGGUGCUGUCCAGCAUCUACGCUCAGCUCGGGAGGUGGACGGACGCCAGGAGCGUGAGGAAGACGAUGGGGCGCGCGGGCCUGACCAAGACUCCGGGAUGCAGCUGGACCUAGGUCAAGAACGUCAUCCACGCGUUCAGAGUGGGCGACCGCUCGCAUCCGCAGUACAAGAGCAUGAGCGGGCUCUGGGACGACUUGCGGAAGAGGAUGGAGGGCGUGGGUUACGUGCCGGACACGAGCGCCGUGCUGCUGAAUGUGGUGGAGGAAGAGAAGACGUCGUUUCUCCACGGCCACAGCGAACGACUGGCCAUCUCGUUCGCCCUUCUCAACACAGAGCCAGGGCUGACGAUCCACGUCGUCAAGAACCUUCGCGUCUGCGGGGAUUGCCACACCGUGACGAAGCUGAUAUCGAAGAUCACGAACUGUAGAAUAAUCGUCAGAGACUCCAGCCGUUUCCAUCAUUUUGAGAAUGGCGCCUGUUCUUGCCAUGACUACUGGUGA